UUAAUAUAGCUGGUUCUACUCAAGCCCAACCAUGUCAAUCUUCAAGGCAAUCAACAACGUCCUUGGUGUUGGAACGAAAACCCCCAGCACCCCUCGAGUCUCCUCCAAUUCUUCCACCGACCGACCGGCCGACACCUCGCAAUCUCAACUAAUCACCUUCCAAAACUCAUGGCACAUCAUCAAGAACUCACUUUCUUCCCCCAGGCAGCGCCAUCAGCUACUCGAAUCAACCUCUAUCAAGGAAAGACUCGAGCUGAUGUGGGAGUGUUUGGCGGUCGAAAACAACAUCCCGAUCACUAAAUCGAAUCCACCACUUUCUCCUAUUGUUUCCCAAACUCCAGAAUGUGUUGAGUAUUUUCUUGAAAAUGACGUACCCGGAAAUCUCGUCGCAUUAUCCUUGCCCGAUCAACCGAUCGGCGUCAAAGGAUUGGUCAUCAAAUUCUUCUUAUCACUCGUCGUCUUCAUGGACGAGAAAUUUGUAGUCCACGCCAAAGUCCACAAGCCAUUGGUCAGACUCUUGCGAAGUUGCGUCGAGCCAGAGCUAGGUUCAGACGAAGGGGAUGAUGCCGGCUGGGGGAUUGGAAGUUUGAACUAUGAGGAGGCUGUUGUAGAACUAAUGUGUCAUUUGUGUGCUCGAAUUAAAACAUACCCAGAACUUUUGCUUGUUUUUAUCCACAAUCGCUCUCGUUCCUCCCAGGCACAAACCGCCGAAGCGGUUGAUGAGCCGUCGGUUGUUCAGCCUAUGCCAAUUACCCCGUCGAGCUCCCAGACGCCUGCUCCAACUGGUGUUGGCAGCCAGCCAACCACACGCAAAUCAGUUCAUUUCUCCCCCGUACCGCGUCCGCCUUCCCCAUUGACUUCAGAUUUUUCAGCAGCCGGUAACACGGGCAACAGUCCUACUCACACCACCCUCAGCUCCUCCUUCUCAUCCUCAAGCCACCAUUUGUACAACGAGGCUACCAGGAAAUCAGAUUCCAAGCUGGCUGCAAUCGGCAAUGCACUGAAAGGAGACUCAGACAUGCUGAUAUUCUCAUACCUUUUGCGCUUCCUCCAUCGUGAGGGUCGGACCGGUGAUCUUGCAAGAGCUGGACUACUUUUCUUGAUGGAGUUAGCGAUGGGCCGAUGUUCCCAUCCACCAGGAGACGCCGUCCUCAAGUCGCAGCCAUCUCAAAUAACUGACCCUGAUCAACCCACCCCAGCUGAUACGAUCUCUAUGGCAUUUGGAGAAUGGGUGCUCGACUCCGAUUUUGCGGAUGUAUUGGGCGCUAGCUUAGGGGCUGCCUAUGGCUUACUACCAAGCAAACUCGUCAUCACACCUCGUGACCCAAGCAGUGAGGACUCAACGGGAAGAAUGGUCCUAGGGGGCAUGGGCAUACAUUUCUCUGAGGGCUCAGCUGAAAGUGCACAGGCGAUCCAAGAGAAGGAGAGGGAGGAACGUCGUCAGAGACUUCUAAUCGGCCUAGGCGUCUCAGGAUCAGCUGAAUUCAGGACACAGAUCGAUCUUUUCUUGAAGAUGAUCGAGUUUGCUCAGGACGUGAUGAGGAAUGUGAGUCCUAGUACGUUGGACCAUUACGUAUCACCCACCGAACUGCUUUUAGCAUCCCAAACACCCGGGUCAGCAUUCCUUGGUUCCGCUCCCCCGCCAAGACUCAACCCAACUAGCCAUCUUCCGGAACCAGUGCACGAUGAAUCUGGACCUAGCCCGUCGGAAAUCGUGGCUUCAGCUGUUUCCUCGACCGUCCUUCUUUCAAUUCGGAAAUCCUUUCUCACUGGGAUCAUAUAUCCCUCUCUACUCGAAUGCUCAGAAAAUGAUGGCAGCGCGGUGGCUGUGAUGAGCUACCUCGAAGCAACUUUGUCACUACUGGAAACCGACGGCGAACUGAGCGAUAGUGUGCUCAGAUUUUUAAUGGCUGAGGCUGAUGAAGAUUUCGAGUUAGAUGCUGGCCUCCGUGCAAGUUCAAAUCAGCCCGAAGUCAUGCAACUAGGACCUUCCUCUCCUUUCAUCAAUCCCAAUCGACGAAACUCUGGGGCGAUCUCAAUCAUCAAGGCGGAUUUCAACAAAGCCAAGUCUGGACGUCGGGUACGAAAUGAGGGGGAUAGAUUAAUGUCUGAUACUGGGAUUACUUACUUUAAUUCGUUGGGGCGAUUCACGUUAAAAGACUUGUUGGUCAAUAAUAUUCAAUCUACCGACAGCCCAACAGCUACGGCAGCUUUGAAGUUAUUACAUGUGAUUCUAGUCAGACAUGAUCGAUACGCCCUUACCUUAUUGGACAUUAUUCCAGAUCCGAGGGCGACAGCAUUUCCCUUUCCUCACAGCAUGGACGUAAACCAGAAAGAAAGUGGGCUAGAUUCAGAUUCACAAAUGUCCGACAACGAAGAGUCGGAAUUUGUUUAUCCCACAGAUGGUAAUCAAGUUAAUUCAGAUGAUGAACCAGACGAUGCUGAGGAAGAAUUUAAAUACCCCGGGGGAAAUGAACAUGUCAAAUCUGCGUCUGAUGAAAAUGAAGAAUUCAAGUAUCCAACGCCAACGAAACCACUAAGUGCCCUAUCUUCGGUUACUCCAGCCACCCAGUCACAUGCGCAAAGUACGAGCACGGGCCGAUCUCACUGCUUGAAGCCCUCUUUUGAUUUGGUUAGAAGUAUCCACUGUUCGCCAUGCCCAACCUACCGAGCUCACCGAGAUGAGAUCGAGUUUCUAUCAAACUUGGUCGAGUUGAUUGACCCAUCUAGUAUGGUGAUGAAAGCCGAUUCAAUCCCUGGAUCUCUUAGCACCGCCUUUCAACAUUAUUUGUUAGAUGCAGAAGCUGAAUUGACUGGAACGGCUACAUUCCGUCGUGGACUGCUGUUUGACUAUGUUUCAGCUUCCGUGAUCCCAAGCUCUCAACCUGCCGGAGACAAGCGCCAAAGUAUGCGACCCAGCAACUUCAAUCACAAUCAACCAGCCUCAAAGCACGAAUCUCCAUUGGACUUCAUCGAUCAACCGGUGAUUCGGCACCGACUUUCUGCUGAAACUCCUCUAAUGUCUAGCAUUUUGGAGUCACUAGCCAAGUUUUUUGUUCAGCCGCCGGCUCUAAACUUGAUCCUCACCGGCUGUGUUGCUACGCUAGCUUCGUGUCCUACAAGGUCUUUAGAAGGAUGGAUGUUGCCCAUCCCUAACCCAGAUGAUGAUGACGAUUCAUUUGACCAAUCGGUCCUCAGCUCAUGUACUCCCCGGAAUCCGAUAGUUGAUUAUGACGAAGGAGACGAUCGAUCGAUCGACUUUGCUGUGGACGAAUACGUCAGCAGUCAUCGAAAGUCGAGCUCGAGGAGAACCUUUGAAUCUUCUUUUAGCCGACCCCAAGGCGCAAGUGAUGCGGAUUGUCUAUUGGAAGUCUAUCGACAACUCGCUGAACAAGUGGCAGGUUAUCGUAGAACGAUCACCAACUUUGAUAAAUACUUGAAAGAACGUCGCCAAGGUUUGAUCUUUGUUGAGAAUUUGGAAGAUGCGUUGGAUACUCUGACAGGCACGAUGUCCAAAUCUGAAGUUGUUGUCGAGAAGGAUCAACGGACGGCCAAUCCAGCUAGACAACCGAUCCAAAACCCCAAAAAGCCGAGCGUCUCUCCUGUUGAACCGCCCACGAAGCCGAAGGAUUCUUCGUUUUUUUCAUCGUUCUUUAAGGCUAGUAAUCCUUCCAAGUCACCUUCGCCAACGGCUCCCAGUCCACGGACACAGUCUGACAGACCAACGGAUCCGGCUGGGGGACGGGGGAGUCGGUCGGUGGCCGUGAAGCCGUUCUCGGACCAUUACCAACAGACCGGCUCGAUCAAGCUGACCAUCGUCCCCGUAAGCACGCCGGGCUCAACCAAAAAACGGCAGCGAUCGCUACUCAAGAUCGAUUUCUCCGACGAGGAAGAAACCGACACGGAUUCAGAAAAUCCUGGGCCAGACACCCCAACCAAAAAGACCCUCCAUGGCUCACAACUGCCCUCCGUCAAACUCUCGCAACCGUCCUCGAGAAAACAUAGGGCCGAAGAAGCUCCGCCUGAUCACCCCGUCGAACCCGAUAGCCCCCCUCUUGAUAAUGAGAAAACCGUGAUCAGCUUGUCUAUGCUCUUAGAUAAUGUCGUCAUCUUGGAAGAGUCGAUCAAAGAAUUGGGCGCAAUCAUUAGUGCUAGAAAGUCUCUUGGUAUCGAUCCCGUUCGGAUCCUUUAACUCUUAUAAUCUCUUGCUUUUUUUUCCUUUCAGGAUCGCUCUUUCUCUUCUCGCCUUUUUUGGCAUUUUUAUUAUUAACUUUCUUUUACACACCCGGGUAGUUUUCUUUCUUUUUUUCAUGUAUUCUUUGUGGCCAAGUUCUUAUUGCAUGUUGCUAUUUAAAAUCAAAAAGAGAGGAAGAUACUGAAUUUACCAACUCGUCUUCCAUCGUUCAUCUGCAAAUACAUUAAUUUUCUAUGCUUUCCUGGCUUUCUCUUUCUUUUUCCUGCUUUCUUGUUCUUUUUUUAUCAUUAUUAUUGUGGCCCUAGAAAUGAAUUGUCGUGCUCACCUCUCCUGUUUCCCUGUCUCUCUCUCUCUCUCCCCUCCCCUUUUUUUGGACAUUUUGAUUGAUAGGACGUAGAUCUUGUAGAUGGGUAUAUUUAUUGCAUAUUGAAAGUCUUGUUAUGAGAGGAAAACAGCCGUUUGACAUAAAUUCUUUGAAAUAUUAUAUGAAGUCGGACAACGUG